GAACUCUGAUUCCUAGUGGUUACCUUCUUCAUUCUCUUCUAAGAUCAUGACUGAGAGAUUAUUAAUAAGAGCAUUGAGUGGUGGUAAAAACACUAAGAUCAUUACAUUGAAUGAUAAGAAGAUAAAAAUGAUGCCCUCAACUUUAGGAAAACUACUCGGCCUGAAGACUCUAGACCUUCGAAAUAACCUAAUCCCCAAAGUGUGUCCAGAGAUAAGCACCUUAACCCAGUUGACAACAUUAAACCUGGGAAACAACAUUUUAGAAGAAGUUCCAGAAGAAAUGAAAUAUCUUACAUCCCUGAAGAAGCUCCAUUUAUUUGGUAAUAGGAUCUGUCGAUUUGCAUCUGGAGCAUUUGAUGGCUUACAAAAUUUGAUCCUGCUUAAUCUGAACAACAAUCAACUUACAUGCCUUCCUCAAGAAGUUAGCAGAUUAAAAAGUCUUACCUAUAUGAGUAUAAAUCAUAACCAGCUAACCAACAUUCCUAGAGAACUUUGUUUCCUUAAGAAUCUUUCUGAACUUCAGCUUAACUACAAUCAGCUCACAUGCAUACCUGAAGAGAUUAAGUUCUUGAUGAAGCUCCAAAAGCUUUUUCUGGCCAGGAACAGCAUUCUAGUUUUGCCAAAGGGACUUUGUGAUCUUAAAAAACUAAGAAUCUUAGACAUAGCUGGGAAUCUUAUUCAGAUAUUUCCAUCAGGGUUUCAGGAUAUGAAGCUGAGGGAAUUCUACUGUGAGGGAAACCCAUUGUUCCUGAUGCGGCCAGUUAUUGCUGCACAACAAGAGAACAUCUGGAGUCUACAGGAAAUAGCAUCAAGAUUUAUAAUGAAUCAGCUAGCAGAAAACAAUAAUUUCUUAAUGCAUGCCAUAGACUGGUACCCAGAGGCCAGAAACAUAAUUUCUCGGGGAAAAAACUGUGCAAUAUGUGGAAAGUUCUUUAUAACCGUAUGGCUGGAAUGUGUUCAAUUUGUUCCUCCACCAAAGAAUUGGAAGAUAAGCAGAAAUCUACAGCUGAUACCUCUCCGAAUAUUAAUUUGUUCUUACAGAUGUUUCACUCAUCGUGACCCUAACCUCUUUGGAAUUGCUCAGGUGUAGAAUGGGUGAGCUGCUCCUUCAGAGCCUCAUUCGACUUGCCCUCUCAGCUCUGCACACACAGUAAGAUUCUGUCCCGCUUAUGCGACCAUACCGUGCCUGCCUUCUUUGUCCACACUUUGAGAAGGAAGAAAAAUAAUUCAGUUAUAAAGUUCCCAAUUUAAAUAUUCAAUCUACUUUUAGCUUGCUUACAUUCCAGGUGUGCUGUUUUUUCUUUGGCUUAGAAACAAAAUAAAAU